UCCACUUUAGAAUUGCUGUUUAUAAUAUAACCAAAACCUAUGGAAUAUGCAAAUGACCAAUGAAACCUCCUUUUCAGUUUUAAGACACUUCAUGCCUCCUACUUUCUUCUUCAGCUUCAAUAACUCCCAUGGAUUCCUCUGCAACCCAUGAAGAAACAAUCCAAAACCACCAUGAAAACACCAAAACCCAACAAAACCCAUCUUCCAACAAUAAUGGCGGGUGGGAAGCAGCCAUUUUCAUCAUCUUCGUUGAAAUGGCAGAGCGGUUCACGUUCAACGGCCUUGCCGGUAACCUCAUCACCUUCCUCACAAAAGAGCUCAAACAGUCCACACCAAUGGCUGCAAAGAACGUCAACACCUGGCUUGGCAUCACCUCCUUCUUCCCCUUCCUCGGCGCCUUCGUGGCCGACUCAUUCCUCGGCCGUUUCCAAACCAUUCUCAUCUCCUCCAUUAUUUACUGCAUGGGGAUGGUUCUCCUCACCGUGUCGGUUUCUGUGAUUCCUCGGCGUUACCGGAAGUCUGUGUUCUUUAUAGCUCUUUAUGUGGUGUCGGUCGGCGAAGGCGGCCAUAAACCUUGCAUGACGACCUUCGCGGCCGACCAGUUUGGGGAAGAGACGGUGGAGGAGAAGAAGAAGAAGAGCUCCUUCUUUAAUUGGUGGUACAUAGGCCUUGUGUUUGGUGCUUCUGCUGCCACAUUUGCAGUAAUCUAUGUGCAGGACAAUAUUGGAUGGGAAGCAGGGUUUGGCAUACUGGCAGGAGCAAUGGGAGUGUCAAUGGGAGUGUUUUUACUUGGAAUUAGAAGAUACAGAAAGCAGGGUCACUUAGGGAGUCCUUUCACCGCAAUAGCACAGGUUUUUAUGGCUGCUGCCAAAAAUUGGAAUUUGAAUGAGAAUUGUGAUGAUUUGGUCAUUUAUUCUGGAAAUGAUCAUGACAGAGACUAUGUACUUGUGGAGGCUCAGCAUACUAAGCCAAGGGCUUUGGCUCGUACCAACCAGUUCAGAUUUUUGGACAAAGCAAUGAUGAUUGACAAGAGAGAUGCCUCAAACAAAAUGAGAAAUCCAUGGAGGUUAUGUUCAAUAAACCAAGUGGAAGAAGUGAAGCUCGUCCUCCGCUUGAUUCCUGUAUGGAUGACUUGCAUAAUGCUUCAAGUAGUUCAGUCCCUUGUCAACACCUACUUCACCAUCCAAGGCACAACAAUGAUCAGAUCAGUUGGGCCAUACUUUGAGCUUCCUCCAGCAUCCCUUCAAAUCUUUGUUGGUUUAACAAUCAUACUCACUCUUCCAAUCUAUGACCGGAUUUUCAUCCCAUUAGCUCGGAAAUUCACUGGACAACCCUCGGGUAUCACCAAGCUACAACGAAUUGGUAUUGGUCUAGUUCUAUCUAUAGCCACCAUGGUGGUCUCAGCUCCUGUGGAGGCUAAAAGGCUAAGUGUAGCAAGAGAACACAUACUUUUAGACAACCCGGAAGCAAUAAUACCAAUGAGGGUUUGGUGGCUACUCCCACAAUAUAUCAUUUGUGGUGUUUCGGAUGCACUUUCAUUGGUUGGACUCCAAGAACUAUUCUAUUCUGAAAUGCCUGAUAGUUUGAGGAGUUUGGGAGCAGCAGCAUAUGUGAGUGUUUCAGGACUUGCGAACUUCGUAUGCAGUGCUAUUAUAUCUCUGGUGCAAGGACUUAGCUCUAGCCAUGGACAUAAUUGGCUUGAUGACAACUUGAAUAGAGCCCACCUUGAUUACUUCUAUUGGGUGAUAGCUGGGUUGAGCACUUUGAAUCUAUGUGCUUAUGUAUGGAUUGCUAUGAGAUUUGUGUAUAAAAAAGUUGAAGAGGUUGAAAUUAACGAGAAGGGAUUAGCAAAUUGAUAAAUGAAGGAAUAUAUAUAUAUAUAUAUAUAUAGAGAGAGAGAGAGAGAUGAGAGUGCAGUUUUUAUCUUUUAUCUUUUAUCUUUUUUUUGUAUUUUAUUUAAUUGUUGCUGUGGUUUAAAUGUUCAACAUAAAAUAGUUGGUCCUUAUUUGUUUAUUACUUAUUUACUUAUC